GGUGUCCGAUCGGAUCAGUUUACAAAGAACUUUGCUACGGGUCGGUCGAUAACGUGUUUCGUGUCUUGCCAGACGUUUUCUUCUUGAGUUCCAUCAGAGUCUCCGUGAGUAUCGUUUCCGGAACUAACUUUGUGUGUGCGGUCAUCUGCGGGGGAUAUUAUUGUGUCCGUGUAUUGUGUGAGGAUCGUUUUGGCGAUACGAUUGUGUUCUUGAUCGUUUGGAUAGAACGUGUACGCCGUGUUCUUCCAUAGGGUAUCCCAAGUGAUCUUUGAUUAAGAAAGAUCCCGCGGCGUGUUUGUCUCAUUCACUGCACACUGACAAUAAAACGGCGGCGGCAUCAUCGCAGCAGAGAUCAUCAGCAUCAGCAUUAGGAGCUCAGCGAAGCAGAUUUAGGACUAGGCUUGAGAACCAUACCAAAUCGUCAUCACUUCAGAGAGUCACAGCCAAGUGUUAGUGAUCAAGCUACGAUCAGCAUCACUAGAAGAAAAACAAAAGCAGAAAGUGAAGAAGGGAGCAGCAGCAGCAGAAGAAGUAGUUGAAGAAGCUACAACAACCACAACAACAAAAAGUGUAAUUUAAACGCGAAAACAGUGAAGUAAUACAAUCGCCCAACAGGCUGAUUAAAUAAUUCGCACUAGUGCCUGUAGAGGAGAGUUAGUUGUGGUUAGAUUCUGGGUUAUACUGUGUCGGAUAGCCGGCCAUUUGAAGUGUUUGGGGGUAGUUUCUUCGAUAGCUUCAAGCUUUCAAUUUCUGUGCGACUGCGCAAACGGUGUGAAGUAAUCUUGCAAUUUAAUUGCAAAUUAUCCGUUGAGAAACGACAACGACAAACACAUCGGCGCGUUGUGGGAAAAUAGGUUCUCGUGUUAUCUUCUGCUUCUUCUUCUUCUUAGUCGUCGCCGUCUUCAUCUUGCGGAACGGAUUAAGAGCGGAAAGCAGCGUUCCGGGAAGUACAGCUGAGUUGAUCAGAUUUCGGCGGCGCUAGUGUUGUUGUGGAGCUCAAUAAAUUGUGCCUCUCUGCGAUCGAGCCGAGGUUGACAGAACGUUGAAAAGAGGUACAACUGAACAUCGAAACAGCUUCGUAAGGUAAUCCAUCGGUUCUUUUGAGCUUGUAACAAGUGUAUGGAGCCGAUAACGUAAAAGCCACAAAAUAGUUCCCACCAAAAUAAAGGCCGACCUUUCCUAGAAUGAAGGGUUGGUUCGAUGCCUUCCGAGACGAUGGGGCCCCAACUCUUUACUCGUUCUCGAACCGAACUCCGGUCACCGGCGAUGUUUCGAUUGUGGCCGUUUGCGUCAUGUUCGCCACUAUCUAUCUGGCAUUUUUGGUCAUCUUCCCCGGUGUUCGAAAGCAGAAAUUCACUACCUUCACGACAGUUACGCUUAGCUUAUUUGUAGGACUAGUCAUUUUAGUUACUCGGCUUGGUUCAGGAUGGCACGUGGCCCAAUCGACCAUCGUCGCACCGUACAAGGCGUUCUCCCGAGAGAAGCUUCCGGCCAAAUUGGGAGCCCACAUCGGUCUGAUGCACAUCAACAUCACCCUGGCGGCACUCCCUGUCGGAAAUUGGACGCCCCCGGAUAUUGACUUCAACGAACGAUUUAGCUGGAACCAGGCUAAUGAUAUGGGCAAUUCGUACAAAAACGCACUUCAGCGUGGCUUGCCGUAUCCGAUUCUAACCGUGGCCGAGUACUUCAGCCUUGGACAAGAGGGAUUCGCCUGGGGUGGCCAGUAUCGGGCUGCUGGGUACUAUGCCAGUAUCCUACUAUGGGCUUCUUUCGCGGCUUGGUUGCUGAUGAAUCUGCUGCUGGUGGCAGUUCCACGUUACGGGGCCUACACGAUGACCCUGACCGGGGCCCUGUUGAUCGGGGCCAGCGUUGGGUACAGCCAUAUGCUUCCGAAACGACCGCUGACGAUAUUCAUUGAGGGUGGACGCAUCAGUUUCCAGCUGGGAUGGUGCUUCUGGCUUGUGCUGGUCGCAGGUAUCCUAUGUUUGUCGGUGGGAUUGAUGAUUUCGAUAAUCGACCUGGUAUGGCCACAUCGCUUCUCGACGAUUUUAGAGGUAUACUACGACACUCCUUACGACAGACACGUGAUAUUGGAAGAAUCUCACGAUGUCAGAUAUCGCAAACGCAACAGCAAAGGUCUGGAGGAUCCUCCGGGCUUGGGAUCCAGAAUCUUACGACGCUUAUCAUCGAAAACGCGAGACCAAUCCAAUGACAAGGCGGGCGUGGAAAAUCGAGGCUUCCAGCAUGAUGCCCCGAAGUCACCCUGGCGCUAUCCAUUCCGACGGGCUCAGCAGACUCCACCGCAUGGAAUCCAGCGAACCAUAUCACAAGACUCUAACUCUAGCAUAGCAUCAGCAGCGGCCAUGUCCCAGUCAUUGCACAAAGUUGCACUCUCCAGAAUGCUACCCAGAAAACCUCCUCUGGAGCGAACUCGUGAAAUUUCCAACUGGUAGCCGAAUUAGGUUUCUCUAUAAGGUUUUCUUCAUCAGGCCGGUUCAAAACUGGCAGCCAAUUCUCACAAAUGCAUCAACGGACGCGAGCAUAAACUUACACAUAAAAGAAACAAAAAAACUAACCCGCAUGUGCAUACGUUUACGUGAUGAAUUUCUUGUGAUAUUAAAUCGUAAAACGCAAAGUCGGUUAUAAUUCCCAACUAAUUAGCAAUACAACAAAAAAUCACGCGGCGGAGUUGAAGGCUCGACGAGACGAGAGACUCUUUCAGGCAGAUUAUUUUUAACUAGGACAAAACAAUUUUAGCUAGACACCAAUAGUACGUAAGGGAUCAAGAAAAUGGCUUCGUAUGGAGCAAAUUUUGAUUAAAAGGUCAAAUCCUAGCGGAUAGUAGUAUUCUGUGAAUUAAUGGAUCAUGAUUAUAGUUUUUAAAGAAGACUGUUUAACGACGCGUGAAUGAAUAGAUAUCCUCAUAGAGCCAGCAAAAUUUGAAAAAAAAAGAAGCAUGCAAAGAUUACAUUUGAAGCCUUCCAUUCUACUCUAAGUUUUAACUUAUUAGCAAGAAACUCUUUUAGGAUUCUUUUUAUAUAAGGCAUUUAGAAAACCUACCAUUUGUAACGUAUAGUAUUGAAUUCAAAUCAUCGAUUUAUGAAUGUUUGUAUAAGUGAAAAUUAGUUAAUAAGAAAUCCAAGAUUGUAAUAAAAUUUUAUCAAU